AUGUCUGCAUCGGAAAUUCGUCAAACAUUUAUUGAAUUUUUUACAAAAAAACAUGGGCAUUUAUAUGUUCAUUCAUCAUCGACAAUUCCACUUGAUGAUCCAACAUUACUUUUUGCUAAUGCUGGAAUGAAUCAAUUUAAACCAUGUUUUCUUGGUACAGCCGAUCCAAAUAGUGAUAUGGGAAAAUAUAAACGUACGGCAAAUAGUCAAAAAUGUAUUCGUGCUGGUGGUAAACAUAAUGAUUUAGAUGAUGUUGGAAAAGAUGUUUAUCAUCAUACAUUUUUUGAAAUGCUUGGAAAUUGGUCAUUUGGCGAUUAUUUUAAAGAAAAAGCUGUUGAUAUGGCAUGGGAAUUACUUGUUGGCGUAUUUAAAUUAGAUUCAAGUCGUUUAUAUGCAACAUAUUUCGAAGGUAAUGCAAAAAGUAAUCUUCAACCGGAUACAGAAACACAACUCCUAUGGAAAAAAUAUUUACCAGAUGAUCAUAUACUUCCGGGUAAUAUGAAAGAUAAUUUUUGGGAAAUGGGUGAUACUGGUCCAUGUGGUCCAUGUACAGAAAUACAUUUUGAUCGAAUUGGUGGUCGAAAUGCAGCUGAUCUUGUUAAUCAUGAUGAUCCAGAUGUAUUAGAAAUUUGGAAUCUUGUAUUUAUUCAAUUUAACAGAGAAAAAGAUGGUUCAUUACGUGAAUUACCAGCUAAACAUGUAGAUACAGGCAUGGGAUUUGAACGUUUAACAUCAGUUAUACAAAAUAAACGUUCAAAUUAUGAUACGGAUAUAUUUAUGCCUAUAUUUGCUGCUAUUGAAAAAGGAACUGGUGCACGACCAUAUACAGGUAAAGUUGGUGUUGAAGAUCAGGAUAAAAUGGAUAUGGCUUAUCGAGUUAUUGCUGAUCAUAUUCGAACAUUAACAAUUGCUAUUACUGAUGGUGGACGACCGGACAAAACAGGACGUGGUUAUGUUCUUCGACGUAUUCUUCGUCGUGCAAUCCGUUAUUCAUCAGAAAAAUUACAAGCUAAACCUGGUUUUCUUGCAUCACUUGUUGAUGUUGUUGUUGAAAGUCUUGGUUCAUUCUUUCCUGAAUUAUAUAAAGAUCCACAAUUAGUUAAAGAUAUUAUUAAUGAUGAAGAACAACAAUUUUUACGUACAUUAACACGUGGUCAUCGUUUACUAAACAAAACAAUAACAUCAUUGGGAGAUACAAAAACAUUUCCUGGUGAUAUUGUUUGGCGUUUGUAUGAUACAUAUGGUUUUCCAGCUGAUUUAACACAAUUAAUGUGUGAAGAAUGUGGCUUAACAUUUGAUAUGAAGUUAUUUGAAGAAGCACGACAAAAAUCUCUAAUUGCUUCACAACAAACAAGUGGUGAACAAGCUCAAGUUCAAUGUACACUUGAUGUACAUGCUAUUGAUGAACUUAAACAAUCAAAAGGUUUAAAACCAACGGAUGAUUUACCAAAAUAUGAUUAUACAUGUGAUGAACAUGGAAAAUAUGUUUUUCCACCAAUUCAAGCAACUAUUUUAGCAAUUCGUAGUGGUCAAAAAUUUGUUGAUUCAAUUAGUUCAGGAGAAGAAUGUGGUCUUGUACUUGAUCGAACAUGUUUCUAUGCUGAAGCUGGUGGACAAAUUUAUGAUGAAGGUUAUAUUGUUAAAGAAGAUGAUGAAAAUGUUGAAUUUCAAAGAAAAUUGUUUCCAANUGUUAUUCGUCCACCUGCUACUGUGGUCUUAAUUUCUGGUGAUAUUGAUUUUGUUGGAAAAUUGAAUGAUCUUCGUCAUCAAGCAGGAUUUGAAGUCAUUGUUAUUCAUAAUAAACUAGCUAAAGAAGAAUUAAAAGCAACUGUAAAUGCUCAUUAUUCAUGGGAAUUCUUUACUCAACCAUUACAACAACAGGAACUAAAUCUAGAGAAUUUAUCAAAAAAUUUACCGAUAGUUUCAAAUGAUCAACUAAACAAUAAUACUGAAGUAGAUCGAAUACCUACUCCAAAACUAAGACCGUCACGUUUAAGAACAAAAUCUACUUUACAUGAUGGAAAUAAUCCUCAUCAAAAUGAUAUUUUUCAUUUAAAACCUCCAUUAAUGUAUCAACGUUUUCGAAGUGCAAGCCGAAAUCCUCAUCCAAAGAAUUAUAGUCGAUCACGAAAGCCACAAGUUUAUGAGCCUGUUAAUCAAGUGCCUAUGUUCUAUGGUGGUAUUAAUACUCCUCCAACUAUUUUAAACUCUGUAGUUGCACCACGAGCUCGAAACCGUCAGGUAUCUUGUAGUGAUCGCUUAUAUCGACAAAAUCUUACUAUCUUUGGUUCAUAUGAGCAAAUACCAGCAGCUGUUCAUGAUGAUACAUCAAAAAAAGAACACAAUCCAAUGGCAUGUCCUUUAUGCACUAAUGAAUUUGAUACAAUUCAAGCACUUCGUCAACAUCAAAAGGAUAAAAAACACUUAUUCUAUUGUUCACUUUGCAACGAUGGCUUUCCUACAUCACAUAGUUUAAAGCAGCAUCAAAUUGUAAAAGGACAUGAUGCUUCAGAGAAUAUAUCCGAUCAAGACAAACUUCAAUGUAACACAAACAAUGACUAG